AUGGAAUCGGGAAAGUUUCAAGGGCUAAAUUCCAUGGACGAAGAAUUUGAAUUCUUGCAAAUUGGAGAAGAGGACUAUGUGGGUCUUUCGCACUGGGAGUUCGUUGAUGCUUCUGACGCAGACUCAGAAGAAAAGCACCACCACAACCACCACUCUGACUCCGAACAACAAGAAGAUAAAGACGAAGAAGCAAAUGGGUCCGAUGGGCUCAGUAUCGGGCCUUCUUCAUUUUCCUCUUCUAUCUCUUCGACCUCUCCGCCAAUGGCAGUUCCUGUCGGUGCCCAUAGCCAUCGUCGUCCUCAUCUUGUUCGAUUUCUCGAUGUGGGCCUCAAUCUCAAACCCCGUCACGAUUUUGACGGUGGUGAUGAGGAUGAGGGCCGUGGUAAUGAUGGUGAUGACGACGAUGAUGAUGGGUAUGGUUUAGAUGACGAGCUCGUGCCGUGGUCGGUGGGCGACAAGUUUGGGAGGCAAAGGAUGAGGAAAUUGGGGAAGAGGACAUUUCCGAAGAUGAACAAUUCGAAGCGAUCGCCUUACUUGCUUGUGAGGCCUGGCUGCGUCCGUGGGAAGCAUGGGCUGGGUUUGAAGCACAUAAACUAA